AGUUAUCACCAGUUAGUUAUUCGUCAAGCGCUUCAUAGUCAAGUACAGACAGAAAGUCGCGAAUCAAAAAACGAGAUUCUAUGGCACGUGCGAAGAACUGCCGAGUGAGCUUAAGUCUGUUGCUAGUAAUUUGCCUACUGCAUGCUGCCGAAUCCUACUUUGACUUCCCUUUAUUAACCAAACCAAAGGAAAUCUGGACCGAGUUAAUCAGCUCUCAUCGCAACCAAACAACUCGAGUAUAUCCAGGAGAGGAAUGUGACCGUCCGUGUAGUGCCGAUGAACCACCAAGAACAUGCUAUUUCGAUUGGACUCUGGAAAACCAUGCUACAAUGGGAUCAUCAUGUUGGGAUUGCCGUCUUGGAAUUCGGGAGCAUUGCUUUCAUCCACAGUGUGUAACAGCCAACGGAAUGGAACGUGCUAUAGUGGCAAUUAAUCGCAAAAUGCCCGGACCUUCGAUUUAUGUUUGCCGGAACGAUAUGAUUGUGGUUGAUGUUUUCAACAAUAUGGAAGGACUUGCUUCUACGAUUCAUUGGCACGGUUUUCAUCAAAUAGACACGCCAUGGAUGGACGGCGUUCCAAUGGUUACGCAAUGUCCAAUCCCAUCGGGAACUACUUUUCGAUAUAUGUUCAAGGCGAAAGAAGUCGGAACCCAGUGGUAUCAUUCACACUCAGGAUAUCAGAAACCGAAUGGGCACAUAGGAGUUGCAAUCGUGAGAAAUCCCAGUGACAUCAACGUUAACUUGUACGACAAUGAUCUUUCGGAACAUGUAAUGAUCUUAUCUGACUGGACGCUGGAUUCAGUAGAACGGUGGGUACCAGGAUUGCAAAGUUCGCAGAUGAAUGUCGACUCCGUGCUAAUUAAUGGUCGGGGACGAUACAAACACGUUGACUACGUGCCGUUAACGGUGUUCCGGGUCCAACCAAACAAGCGUUACCGCUUUCGGCUGAUCAGUGCAGGCAGUCAGUAUUGUCCGUUUCAGCUGCAAAUCGAAAAGCACAGAAUGACGAUUAUUGCUACAGACGGAGGCGCAGUGAAGCCGCAUGUUGUUGAUACGCUUAUUUCCGUAUCAGGAGAGCGGUACGACUUUGUUCUGGUCGCUAAUCAAUCGGAAGGAAAUUACUGGGUUCGUGUUCGUGGCAUCGGAUUUUGCAACAAGAUGCGAGUUGAAGGAUUCGCCGUACUCUCGUACGCAGAUCCGAGCAUUCCAACGAAAGACCUCAUGUAUCCCGUUGACGAUCCGCCGAACUUUGAUGAUGUCUUUCCACUUGGCAUCACGUUGAAUCAUCACACGGCUCGCUGCUACACUCCACACGACAACGACUCCUGUGCUGCCGAUUUAGAGGCCCACGAAGAAUAUCGAGACAAGGAGCUAAUCGAAUCAGAGCCCGAUAAACGAUUGUACGUGGGAUUCGAUGUCAUUGAGUCCAACAAUAGCUUACUUUUCUCCCAACAGGGAUAUGUUCACUACGCUACCGUUCGAAACGCUUUCAACGCCAUAGGAGUAACGAACAAUAUCAGCUUCGUCUGGCCUAGUUUCCCGUUGCUUAUCCAACCGGAACUGAUUACCGACGAGAAUCGGCUGUUCUGCAACGACACACACCUGCCGGAAAAAUGUAACGAUUAUGCCAUUUGCUUUUGUACUCACAAAUUGAAAGUUGACCUGGACGACAUCGUCGAGGUGGUUUUGUUUGAUACUGCACUUUGCACCCAGGAUUUCUACCAUCCGUAUCACAUUCAUGGUCAUCGAUUCAUUGUCACCGACAUGGGCCGUCUACCGGAGGAGGCGAUGGACCGACGACUGCAAUACUUGCAGGAGAACACAUUCACGCGUAAACCAAACAGCCACAAUCCACCAUACAAGGACACGGUAUCGAUCCCGAACAAAGGUUUCGUCCGAACACGGUUCAGAGCAAAUAAUACUGGUUUCUGGCUGAUACAUUGUCACUUCGAAUGGCACCUGGGCACCGGUAUGGGUCUUGUUUUGCAGGUCGGUGAGGUAAACCAGAUGCGGAAAGCGCCACCAGACUUUCCACGCUGCGGUAAUUUCAAAACGAAGCUGAGCGGACUGGAUUAAUGAUGACAGCGGCGUAGCUGCAUGCCAAUGAAGUCAUCCGGAAGACAUUGCAACAUCGGUGACAACCCCAUGCGACACGCUGGGUGCUCCUGUAAUUCUACCACGUAGCAAUGAGAAGGCAUAUAAUUAAAUGCAGAUUAUUGAUGUAGUGCCAGUAAGUCUGAUAGCUGUAAACAAAAAUGUUGUGAAUGACCAAAAUAUGUUUCAAUGAAUCUGUUUCAUAAUUCAACUGUAUAUACACAUAUAGAAUAAACGAUACGAAUCAGUAAAAUACGAACGUGAUAACCAUACAGAAGAA